CGUAGUCCGCCGCGGCACUGACACUGUCUCAUCUUCACUUGAUGCUUUCAAGGAAAUACAAGAAAGGUACACGGAUACCGCAGAACCUGCUUGUACAAAGAUUUUACAACUUUUUGGAGAGUCACUGUUCGCCUUCUUAGACAACUAAACGCGUUCGCAGCAGGUACUCAUGCGGCUGAAAGACCCAUUCUCUAUAAAAGCCGCUGACAUGACGAAGCGGACAAACCGGCCGAAAAAGCCUUGUGAUGAGGAGUCAUCUGAUGAAGUCAGCGGGCUUACGUGUCAGCAUGUGAGCAGGGCGGUUGAUCUGAACUCGGUGAAAAAAGCGGUCACACAAAGCCUCUGGUCAGUAUGUGCCGAAUGUCUCAAGGAGAGGACCCCAUUUGAGGGAGAGCCAUCGGGGGAUGUCCUCAUCUGUCUCAGGUGUGGCUUCCAGGGUUGUAACCAGUCAGAAGCUCAGCAUUCAACGAAGCACCAGCUGGCCCAGCACCCUGAGUCUCACUGCAUUUCCAUCAGCCUCAGCAGCUGGAAGGCCUGGUGUCUGGAGUGCAACGAGGAGCUGUCCACUCACUGCAAUAAGAAGGUGCUGGCUCAGACGCUCGACUUCCUACAGAAACACUCGGUCAAGGCUGCAUCAGCUACGUCAUCCAAGGUCAUCAGACUUCGAGAGGAGCCUGAGGACAGUGCCGACGCGCUCAGAGGGAGGGGUCCUGCCAUCAGCACGCUCAUCCCUGUGAAAGGCAUCAAUAACCUAGGCAACACCUGCUUCUUCAAUGCUGUGAUGCAGAACCUGUCCCAGACGCACCUGUUGAAUGAGUUGAUUGCGGAGGUCAAGGAGAAGGGACACAAGCUGAAGAUCUGCCCUUCUCCAGAGACAAACCUGGGGCCGCUGACAAUCACUUUGCCCAGUCCAGAGCCACUCACCUCCGCCAUGUUUCUGUUCCUCCACAGCAUGAAGGAGGCCGGCAAAGGCCCCGUCUCCCCCAAGGUCGUCUUCAAUCAGCUGUGCCACAAAGCUCCACGCUUCAAGGGCUAUCAGCAGCAGGACAGCCAAGAGCUCCUUCACUACCUGCUGGACUCCAUGCGAAUGGAGGAAACUAAGCGCAUCAAGGCAGGCAUCCUGAAAGCGUUUAACAACCCCACCGAGAAGACAGCGGAUGAAGAAACUAAACGGCAAGUGAAAGCAUACGGGAAGGAGGGUGUGAAGAUGAACUUUGUGGAUCGCAUCUUCGUUGGGGAAUUAACCAACACUAUUAUGUGUGAAGAGUGUGCCCAUAUCUCCACCGUGAAGGAGGCCUUCAUUGACAUCUCCCUCCCCAUCAUCGAGGAAAGGACAUCCAAACCCACCAACCUAGGAAGAAUGAGUAAAGGUGGCCGGGAGCUGGAUGCAAUGGUCUCCCACGGUGAUGAGAUGCUGUCCACCUCACAGUCUCACGUCAAUAGGAACAUCAAGAAGUCAGGAGUUCAGGUGAGCCAGAAGAAUCAGGGGAGGAGGUCACCGGAGCCGGCAGAGCGAGGGGCCGACUGCGUGUCCAGCCCGCAGGAGGAACGCUGCACACGGGGUUGCCGCUCAGACGGCAGCGAGAGAGACGCUGCUCUGGACAGCAGCAACGAUGCGGACAGCGAGGCCUCGGAAAGCGAGUGCUCCUCGCGGCCACCAGGUGGUGCUGUGGCUACCACUGCCGCCCACAAGAGUCGUCAGGCAGGCGCUGUGGAACAGCUUGUCAGCACCGUGUCCAGAAUGGGUCUGAGCCACACCUCUGGCGAGCGUAUACCUGCCGGUGUGUGCUGUGAGGAGCAGGGAGAUACAGCACGCCAGCCCCAGGGGGCGUUCCAGGCCCUGUCCCACAGCUACAUGCCCUGCUCCAAGGAGUGCUCCGUGCAGUCGUGUCUGCACCAGUUCACCUCCGUCGAGCUGCUCAUGGGCAACAACAAGCUCCUGUGUGAGAACUGCACUGAAAGGAGGCAGAAGCAGCUCAAGAGAAGCACAGCAGACAAGAGGGCUGAGAAGGUGUACACGAGCGCACGCAAACAGAUGCUCAUUUCCGCACUGCCUCCCGUGGUCAUAUUGCACCUCAAGCGUUUCCAUCAGGCAGGAAUGAAUCUGCGGAAGGUGAACCGUCAUGUCGACUUUCCCCUCAUCCUCGAUCUGGCUCCAUUCUGCUCCGCAAGCUGCAAGAACAUGGUGGCAGGAGAGCACGUGCUGUACAUCCUGUAUGGGAUCGUGGAGCACAGCGGCUCGAUGCGCGGAGGCCACUACGCUGCAUACGUGAGGAUCCGGGCCCCACAGCGCAGACCUGAGCAGCGCAGGAAUAUGUCAGGACCAAAGGAAUGCAGUACGGCAAUGCCUGGUCAAUGGGUAUAUGUCAGUGAUACCAGCGUGCAGGUUGUUCCGGAGUCAAGGGUCCUCAGUGCACAAGCGUAUUUGCUUUUUUACGAGGAGCUGCUAUAAGCCUGUGAGCCCACAGAACUGCCCACGCAGACACCCAUCAGCACAGGGAAAAUCUCCCAUAUAACUGCCUGCGUGCCGGUCAGCCCAAAGAGGAGCUCCCGUUAUACCACGUUGGGGUGGACGCCUGCACCCUCCACUGGCUGAGAUCCACAGCGACAUACAGACCGGUCUGAAGGCUUCACCCUUUCGCUAGUGCAAGAAGGUGAUGCUGAAACAAGCGAGAUGCAGAGUGGCCACCCAACAACCUGCAGCACCAGGAGGAUAGAGCUUUCUAGUUUUACAGUUCAGCGUGCUGGUGUAUAGAUAUUAUUAGAUUACCAUUUGACAAAGUAUAAAUGCGUGUUGUUCUUGAAAUAUUUUGAAUGCCAAAGAUGUAAGGAAGAAAACUGUACACCAGUGGUGUAAAAGCAGUGCCAAAUCAGUUUUUUGUGACCAGGUUACAGUAAGCAUACCUGCUACAGGUGUUCAGCUAACCUGGUUUGGACAGUUCGCGUCCCUUCAGGGUCUUUACUUAUCCUUCCUGUCUUUGGGGACAACAGCAUAUAGACAACUCUGGGUUUCCAAGCUUUUUGGUGAUCUUUUGAUUUAGCUUUAUUUAUUCAAAUUUUAGUUUUAAUUUAAGAAGUGGCUAGCCUCUGAGGCAGGAAAUGAUUUCAAGUGGAGAAAGUUU